GCCCGGCGGGACCCCGGCCCAGCCUGCCUGGCAGCAGCAGGACACCUCCAUAGGCAUCGCUGGUGUCUGAGCCCCCCGGUGCGCCGAGGCUGAGCGGUGCAGCACCGGUGCUCCUGCAUCCCCGCGGCAGCCGGCGAUGACCGACGCGGUGGUGGGAGGCAGCUCUGACCGGUGGAUGUGCCCCAGCGACAGGACCAUGUCUCUCAGGGCCAGCAGCGAGAAGGAGCAGGUCCCCGCUGGCUGGACUGCGCGGGGCGGCCAACCCGACCAGCAGCGCAAGAGCGUGGAGCUGACGGAUGAGGAGAAGGAGAUCAUCAACCGAGUCAUCGCCCGGGCCGAGAAGAUGGAGGAGAUGGAGCAGGAGCGCAUCGGGCGCCUCAUGACCCGGCUGGAGGACAUGCGCCGGAGCGUGCUGGGGGACGGCGUGAACCGCUGCAUCCUCUGCGGGGAGCAGCUGGGCCCACGGGGAUCCGCCUGCGUGGUGUGCGAGGACUGCAAGAAGAACGUCUGCACCAAGUGCGGGGUGGAGACCACCAACAGCCGGCCCCACGCUAUCUGGCUCUGCAAGAUCUGCUCCGAGCAGCGGGAGGUAUGGAAGCGCUCCGGCGCCUGGUUCUUCAAGGGGUUGCCCAAGCAAAUGCUGCCCCAGCCGAUGCCCAUCAGCAAGAACAAGGGACCCCAAGCCCCCAGCGAACCCAGCCCAUCAGAGCCACCCAGCCAGGACCAGAAACCCCCGUCCCGUGCGCCCACCCGAGGCCAGGCGGACGCCAGGCCCGCAGCCGAGCAGGACUCCGAUGGCAGCGAUGCGACAGCGGCUGCCAGGGGGAGCCACGCUGCGCCGGGCCGCAAGGCAGCCGAGGGCAGGCAGGGCCCGUGCGGCAGCGACAGCACCGGUGGGGACACGGAGAGCCGCGACUACGCCGCCGAGAGCGGGGUCAACAGGAGCCCUGGCGUGAAGAGAACCAAUUCCAUGCAAGCCCCACGGCCACCCCCACCAGCCGCUGCCAGCCCCGCUCCCGGUCCUGGUCCAGCAGCGCCCUCAGCCCCGCCGGCAGCAGGAAGACCCGGUCCCGGUGCGGCAGGCCGGUUCCCGGAGAGACAAGCGAGCCCACCACUGGGACCCCCGGAGAUGGCCCGGGCUGCAGCAAGGGAGGAGCGAGCAGGGGGCUACACCGUGCCCCCCGGCAGGGAGGAGAGGCCGGCCCGGCAGCCAUCGGCCAUCGCACCGGCAUCCAGCAUCCCACCGGCAUCCAGCAUCCCACAGGCAUCUGCCAUCCAGCCGGUGUCCGCAGCCCCACAGCGGCAGCCGCCCCAGGAGGAAGAGGAGGAGGAUGCCAACAGCUACGACUCUGAUGAAGGCACUACGCUGGGAGCGCUGGAGUUCAGCCUGCUCUAUGACCAGGAGAACAGCUCCCUGCACUGCACCCUCAUCAAGGCCAAAGGCUUAAAACCAAUGGACUCAAAUGGCCUGGCGGAUCCCUACGUCAAACUGCACCUCUUGCCUGGAGCCAGCAAGUCAAACAAGCUGAGGACGAAGACGCUGCGCAACACCCGCAACCCUGUGUGGAAUGAGACCCUGGUGUACCACGGCAUCACGGAUGAGGACAUGCAAAGGAAAACCCUCAGGAUCUCCGUGUGUGAUGAAGACAAAUUUGGCCACAAUGAGUUCAUUGGAGAGACUCGAGUUUCCUUGAAGAAAAUCAAAGCCAAUCAGAAAAAGAACUUCAACAUCUGCCUGGAGAGAGUAAUACCAAUGAAGCGUGCUGGAACAACCGGCUCAUCCCGUGGGAUGGCACUGUACGAAGAGGAGGUAGAUCGUGGUGGGGAUAUAGAGGAGCGUGGCAAGAUCCUCGUGUCCCUCAUGUACAGCACCCAGCAGGGCGGCUUGAUUGUGGGCAUCGUCCGCUGCGUGCACCUGGCAGCCAUGGAUGCCAACGGAUACUCAGACCCCUUCGUUAAGCUUUGGCUGAAACCUGACAUGGGCAAAAAGGCCAAGCACAAGACACAGAUUAAGAAGAAAACGUUGAAUCCCGAGUUUAAUGAGGAGUUCUUCUAUGAUAUCAAACACAGCGACCUGGCCAAGAAAUCACUGGACAUUUCUGUCUGGGAUUAUGACAUUGGAAAAUCGAAUGACUACAUCGGCGGCUGUCAGCUCGGCAUCACGGCUAAGGGGGAGCGCUUGAAACACUGGUAUGAAUGCUUGAAGAACAAGGACAAGAAGAUUGAGCGCUGGCACACCCUCCAGAACGAGAACCACGUUGCCAGUGAUUAAAGGCAGCUGCUGCCCAAGCCUCCCCAAGUGGCCCAUCCUCUGCCAAGCCCCUGUAGAUCUCUGAUGUCCGUCUUCCAGCGCAGUCAUGCCUUGCUACACACCUCCGGUCCCGGGGCAGCGCUGCUCUUCUGCCCCCUCGGAGCAUCCCCUGUGCCCUGUCCUCACUCCCACCUGAAAACUAACCCAGAUCUUUUA